CCCCCCCUGCCACUCGCAGCCCGGACAGGCAGAGGUUGGGGACUGCCUGGCGUUGCACCGAUCGAGAGCCACAGGUUGCAAACGCAGGGAGCUGUGCCCAUGACAGUGGCGCUGUGAAGCUGCUGGUGAGCAGUGGCUGCUGGUGGGUACCAGAGCUCGGGAAGACAGGAGCGGCCCUGAAACCCAAAACCAGCGCCCUCGCUGUGGCUGUUUCCCGGGCUGGCCCACCAAGACCACCACUAUGACUGAUGGAGAUUAUGAUUAUCUAAUUAAACUCCUGGCCCUUGGAGACUCAGGAGUAGGGAAGACAACAUUUCUUUAUAGAUACACAGACAAUAAAUUCAAUCCUAAAUUCAUCACUACAGUGGGAAUAGAUUUCCGGGAAAAACGUGUGGUUUACAACACACAAGGAGUAGAUGGAUCUUCAGGGAAAGCAUUUAAGGUUCACCUGCAGCUUUGGGACACAGCUGGACAAGAGCGCAUGGGCUUCCUGUUAAUGUUUGACCUCACCAGUCAACAGAGCUUCUUGAACGUCAGAAACUGGAUGAGCCAACUGCAAGCAAACGCUUACUGUGAAAACCCAGAUAUAGUAUUAAUCGGCAACAAGGCAGACCUGGCAGACCAAAGGGAAGUCAAUGAACGGCAAGCCCGGGAGCUGGCUGAAAAAUAUGGCAUACCAUACUUUGAAACAAGCGCAGCAUCGGGACAAAAUGUAGAGAAGUCUGUGGAAACCCUUCUGGACUUAAUAAUGAGGAGAAUGGAACAAUGUGUAGAGAAGACACAGGUUCCGGACACUGUCAAUGGUGGAAAUUCGGGAAAGCUGGAUGGGGAAAAGCCAGCAGAAAAGAAAUGUGCCUGCUAGAGACACUCCUAAGAACCAGUGAUGAAGAGCACACCCAAAUACUAUGUCCUGAAAUAAUGCAAACCACCAAGUUUUUGUUGAGUAGUUCAUGAGCAAUGGCAUGUCUUUCUCUUCCCAUCCCAAACUAUUUUAAUAAAACACAAUAGUCAAUAGUGUUAAAAGAAUUGUACUGUUAACCCUGAGUCCCUUCCAAACAAAAAUCAAAGUUUUCCUAAGUUGGUAGAACUAUUGUAGAUGCUUGGUUGUAUUUUUAUAAAGAAAUUGCGUGUAUGAGAAGUAUCAUGAGUUUUAAAUGAAAGCACAUAUUAACAUAAGCCUGGGGAAAAGAAUAGGCUAACUAAAAAGAGAAUAUGAAAAGAUAAAUUCUGUUUGCAUCUAUUUAUGUGGAGUAUGAUCCAUACGUCUAUAUUUGCAUUGGAGAAGUCAUACUCCUAAAAAUGAACACAUAAAGAAUUCUUUGUGGCUUAUUAAGGAUAGCUGUGUUUACCCAAUAAGCUGCACUGAUAAGGCUGUCAGCAAUGAACAUCAGACUUCCUGUAGGAAACUGUGUAAUAAUGCUUUUUUUAUAUUUCUCAUAAAUGGUGGAGAGGCAUGAACAGGAUCAUGGAUGAAAAGUAUAAGAGGGACAUUCCCUGGAGGAAAAUGCAACAUGGGAAUAUGACAUUUGAAAAGGUAACAUUAAAUGGAUCUUUGAGAUAAUUCUGAGAAAGUGACUUAGCCAAAUUUCAAUAAAGCUGAUUAGAAGUUGGCAUUACCAGUUGGGAUCAACGAUGCCUUCAGAGGCUUCAAUUUAAAUGAUUCAAAUUUUUAGCAUUUCUUCUAAUGGUGCCCAAAUUCACAUUUUAUUUUUUAUUAAAUUCUUUCAAAGAGUCACAAGAAAAAAUAAACCAUUUUUUAUUGAAUAUAUCUUACAAAUGUAGUUAAGAAAACUUAAGAUUCAGUCUUAAAGUUUCUAAAUAUAAAAUUUGUUGGUGGGAGAAACAAAAGAGUGAUUAUUAAUUGUAGAUUUUACUUAAUUUUAGAAAAGCACUAGAAAUUCUAAGUUGUAUUUUCCCUCUAAAACAACACUCACCCCUGCACUGAAGCAGUUACAGCAAUGAAAGUAUGUUCAUGAAUCAUUUCUUCAAACUAAUUAUGAUCCAAUAACUAUGGUCACCCUGAAUUUUCAUGCCAUCAAUCACCAAAAAUUGGUGAUACCUCAUUCUUUAUUAUAAUGUUUUAUUUUGCCAAGAGGAAAAAUAGCUAUAUUUGAGAUGUUCUUGAGAAAACAACAAGGGUUAAUCUGUGGUUCAUCUAACCAAAACUAUAAUCAGUAGUUUUAUUUUUUUCCUUGAAACUGUCUUUUCUUUUUGGAAUUAACCACAGAAUCAUUUCCCAUCGACUUAUUCUUAUAAUUGUGAAAACCAUUUUGUAUUAGUUUUUACUAAUCUUAAUUUGGUGUACAUGUAAACCAAUCCUAUCAAAGUGGUAUUUAUACUUGUUGGUCAACUUUACCAACAAAGACAAAUUGCUUCUAGUUUUCCUUAAGCUUAUAAUUGGUGACAGGAUGUUUUCUCAUCCUUUAAAACAUUUUCAGUCUCAAACGUUUGCAAACCUUGCCUCCUUUGAAAGUUACAAAUAUUACAAAGUAAACUCCCAGUGCCAUUUUAAACCUUUUCCUGGUAAUCUCCAUCUGAUGUCCACUCAGUUUCAGAAAUACAAACAGAUCCAAAGACAUGUUUACAUAAAAUGUUUUUAAGAUAAGUUAGAUCCAGAACUGUGCCACUAAUCAGCACAAUGUGGAAGCUUGUAUGGAAUUCACCCUUAGUACAAUUCUCAAUGCUAAAAGCCCAACACCUCCAACUUCUAUGACUGAUUCUAGGUUAGCAUUCCCUUCAAUUCCCCCUGUCUUGGAUGUUCUUCUUGAUCUCAAUGUCUGUGCCUUGAAGGGAGAACUCAGUAAAUGUUUGCAACAUGUCUUCUGGACAGAAAAUGGGAAGAAGUGACCACAACUAUGGCAAAAUCUGGUGACUGCCGUAAUGUCAAUCUGUUCCUGAUUUUGAUUCAAAUUAUGCCAGUAUUUCCAUAACAGGGAAUGGAUGAGUCAUAUUACAGUGAAGAAAUUUUACCUUUCCAUUUUACCAUUUCUCAUUGUGCUUCAAUUACACGAUUGAUUUGCUUAUGCCAGGAUUCUUUCAUUGUCAGAAUGAAUUUUUUCAGAACCUGCUUUAAGAGCAUCAUUGAUAACCGUAGCAGGAAGCAGAAGGCCAUGCUGACUUUAAAUAUGGAAAUGUGCCUGCAAGAGUAACACGUAUUGGGUAAUAAAUUCAAGAGGGUUGACAUUUCAAGCUGCCAAAAAUGAAAAUAUUUUAUUUAUAAACACUUGGUGUAGAAAUAUUCGCACCUAUAGACUUUGCUGUCAGAACUUGAAAUGUUUUUGACCAUUGUUAGAAAUGGUCAUUCUAACAUUCUCCUAUGAUUUCCAGAUCAUAGUUAUAUAUUUCAUUACAUAACUUUGUAUCCACCUGGUGCCAUGGAUAUUCUGCUUAAAGAACUCCAAAUUUUUAUCUCACUACAAAAUGUAUGUUCGGCUGUUUCCUCUUACUUUUUAAAUGCUUUUAAUGAACCAUAUUGUAUUUUUGAGAGGUAUGUAAUGUACAUGAUACUUCUUUAUGAUACAGAGACCAAGUCUAGAGUGUUUACACUGGUUGAUGUUUACAUUGCCCAAACUCAGUGCCUCAAACACCUCUGUGACCAAAUUUGUUUCCAACCACAAAACUCAUUUUCUCUAAUCAUGGGUCUCCAAAAGGCCUCACAGAGACAAAAAUGUAACAGAAAGCCAGCUGAUAUUGUCAACAAAGGAUGAAAGAGUACUGUUGGGAUUUGGAGAUUAUUGCUUCCUUCCCCUAACCUGUCACACAUUGGACAUUUCUUGAGAGUUAACAGUAAAUUGGUAUAAUACUAUUCUUACUCUAAUACAAGAAUGGUCUUUUGAAAAAUAUGCAAAAUAGGGAAGAGAACAUAUGUUGAUCUUGGUCUGACUAUUCUAACAAGUCCUGACUAAGUGGAGAAAAUGCUGUGUUGGGACAUGAACUCGGAUCUCUCUGUAAUAGUUUCAAAAUUCAUAACUUACUACUUAUGUUAACUUACUACAAAUUUACUGUAAAGAAUCUCCACCCAAACCACUGUUUUCUAAAGUACUUUAUUUGUUAAUUUUUAACCAGAAGGGGCAUUCUCUGCACCAGUAGGUGGCUUUGUUCUAUUGUACAGCUAUCAUUUGCCAAGCUGUGCAGAUAAGAUGACUGGUUAAGAAUUUUAAUCAAAGUUUUGUUGUCUUUUGUAUCCAAAGAAAGAAAGGAAGGAAGGAAGGAAGGAAGGAAGGAAGGAAGGAAGGAAGGAAGGGGGAGGGAGGAAGAAAGGAAGGGAGGGAGAGAGAUGGGGAAAGAAUGAAGAAACUUGACCAUAAAUAACAGCACAGCAUGAAAUAUCUGUAAUAACAGCCUCAUUCCAAAGACAUUUAAAGCUCCAGAGUGAGCCUGCUGGGACUUGACAGAUUAUAUGAGGCUGGGGCAUCUUCUCAUUGGUAUCCAAGAGUCCUAUCUAGAGACAACUCUAUGGUGAUGCCAUGUGUGCCUAGACAAGGUGAACAACCUGGGAGUGCCUGUGGAGGAGACCAUUCACUCUUCUGUACCUCUCUCUCAAGAAAGAAAAAAAUAUGCCUUCCUUUCUGAGUAUCACACCCAAAGUUAGUGGACAAGUUGUUAUCCAUGGAAGGUUUUAGAGUUAUGUUUCAACACCCAACCUAUAAAGAAGUAAAGUUCCAAGUCUCUAGCUUGCUAAGAUAUGUAGUAAUUCCUUAAAGGUCAGGGGUUAUUCAAGCUCCGAGGUAGGGAAUCUGAGUAGUAUGUUUAGAGACUUGGGUUUGGUCUUCAGACAAUAAAGUGGCAGGGAGAAGAAGGGGGAGCUAAGUUUAGCCAAAGUGAUAGAAACCCUGAUUUAAAAACAAAUAAACAAAAAAGCGUUUUCUACAACCAAGCUUUACAACAUUGAAAGUGGCCUAGUAAGAAAGAAAAGCUUUAUCAUUUUAGGAUAGCUUUAUCAUUUUUAAAGAUUUGAAGAAACCCUCUAUAGUUGCCUAAGCAUUCACUAUAUUAUAUUUUCUUCUUGAUAUUUGACCAUAGUGAUGUCAGCUCAUUUCUGUGGUGACUUCAGCGAUCUGAGACCUGACUAUGAUUAUUGGGUAGUAAUUGAGAAUUAUCUCAAUGCAUGGAGCUGCCUGUCUCAUAGCAUGGACAUGAUAAACACUGCUGAGUAUAGAGAAGAUUUUAUAUAAAAAUAUUGUCAUUGAAUUCUUGAGUGGUGUUCAACCACAAUGACAUUAUUGAUCAAAGACUCUGAGAAGAAAUAAGAGUGACAAAUUAGCUAUGUCAGGUCUUUCAAUAUAGGAGAUGAUGAAGAAGAUCAUAGGUUGAUUUAGGUACAGAAAGAAAAGAUUUAUCACUUUUAAAUUAGAUUUGUGGAAAUGUUUCCUCAUAUUUUCUCUACUUAGUGGAGUUUAUUCUCUUAGAAUUAAGGUAAGAAAAAUGUAUGACUACCAAAUAUUUAGGAUACAUAGAAGUAUUUUAUUUACUAUAUGAGUCUGAUAUUUUUAAUAAUUUAUGUUUUAAUUUUCAAGCAGUAACAUUUAAAGAUGCUUUAUUGCCACUUUUCUUUGAACUAACAAUUUAUGGCUGAAAUGUUUUGUAGUUUCAUAUAAGAAAAGAUCAUUUAAAAAAUAAGAGAUAACUAUGGUAAAAACAUUAGUACCAAAAUGGUGGAACUAUUUUAAAAGACAUCAAGUUUUAGGAAUCACCUUUGGUUUAAAUUUGCUUUUCUGCCUCAUUUCCUUUCUAAGAGGUUAUCCGCCUUGUGGCCAGUACAUCUUGUCUAACUUAGUUGUUCAAUAUUCAGAGGCCAUCUGUAUUAUGGCUAGUACCUCUUGGCUAACUUAGUCAUUCAAUACUCUUGGUAAAUCCUACAGGAGCCAGUGUAUCUGGCCUUCACUGAAUGGCUCCCUGUUUAACCAGCAACUGUUGUCCUCAUGUCAAACUCUAUAUAAUAAGGGGCUCAGUCAUAUAUGCUUAUCAUUUUGUUCCAUGUGGUUCUUGUUCCCAGAUGCUCUUUGAUGGAGAGUCUGUUAUAGAAAGGAAAACAGCCAGAAAUGACAACUUCAGGACCAUGUGGCUUUUCUCAUACAGAGCUUAACAAACUUUGAAUAACUCACGGGGUUCAAGUUAGGUUCCAAAUAAAGACACAAAAGAAAUUGACCCCUUUCAUAAACAGACACCAUUAUCAUAAACUAAGAAUAACAAAUUUGCUUCUAACUUGGACCACUUGUCAUGGUAAGAUGUAUUGCAGGGCUAACAUAGUAAUUGUAGUAGGCUGCUAAAUGGAUUGUCAGUCACCUUGAGGUCACUGCAUUUGAUUGAAAAUGUAUAAUGUAUCUUACUGUUGGAAAAAAUAAUGAGCUCUGUUUCAACUAAUGUGUCAUCUUGUAUUUCAAGGAGACCAAUUAGAUUCAAUGUAGGAUAUUAUAAGUUGGUUAAAAUCCAUGUACAAAUAAAAUUUUAUGUCUAAAAGUUUGUUGUAUUUGAACUUAAGAAAAAUAAAUUAUCCUACUUUAUGUGCUAAAAGUAGAUUUUCUGACAACACUGAAGUGCUUUAUAGUAUCUCACCAAUUUCUGUUCCAGUAAUAUUAUCUAUCUCUUUAACUUGAGCAUGUUUGUUUUGUCUGCUUUCAAUACUGAUCUCAGUUUUGUCUAAUGCUUUCAAUGUAACAUAAGACUUUGAGUGUGGAUUACUUAUUGUGCUCCCAAACAGGCAGUGGUUCCAGACAGACCCUGUUAGGUCAUUAUUCGUUGUAUCAAAGUUCCAGUGGCUUCAGAAAUCAUAGCAGACCAUGAUUUUGUGGUGUCUGGGUUUGAGUAGUACUGUUGAGAACUAUACUUAGUGAUUGUUCCUGCACAGUUUUCAAAUAAAAUGAUGUUUUUAUCAAGUA